AUGCCUCUGAGUGUUGGCAUUGGUUAUGUUCCUAUUGCGGACUCCUACACCCUCGUCAUAAAUUCUGCACUACUGUCAAUGUUCAACCCGGACAACUCUCUUGUCCCACUGACAAACCUGGGUACCUACAAGAACGACGUGCUCAAUGGAAACUCUGAACGACAAAUCUGGAGAGGGGGGUAA